AGCAACCGUGUGCGACGCAAGUUCCGGACCGGGCUUCAGCGUCCUCGCCUCACGCCUCUCUCUGUUCUCGCCUAGCUGCGGGCUGUCUCCCGACAGUGGCUCUUCUGCCCUGAGCUUUCGCAGGGCGCCCCUUCCUCGCCUCAGUGGCCGCACCGUUCUCUCGUGAAGCACUGCCCCCAGCUCCAUGAAUGGAAAUCGGCUCCGCAGGACCCAUUGGGGCCCAGCCCCUACUCAUAGUGCCCAGAAGACCUGGAUAUGGCACUAUGGGCAAACCCAUUAAACUGCUGGCUAAUUGUUUUCAAGUUGAAAUCCCAAAGAUUGAUGUCUACCUCUAUGAGGUAGAUAUUAAACCAGACAAGUGUCCUAGGAGAGUGAACAGAGAAGUAGUUGACUCAAUGGUUCAGCAUUUUAAAGUGACUAUAUUUGGAGAUCGUAGACCAGUUUAUGAUGGGAAAAGAAGCCUUUACACAGCCAAUCCACUUCCUGUGGCAACUACUGGGGUAGAUUUAGAUGUUACAUUGCCUGGGGAAGGUGGAAAAGAUCGGCCUUUCAAGGUGUCAGUCAAAUUUGUAUCUCGAGUAAGUUGGCACCUACUACAUGAAGUGCUGACGGGACGGACUUUGCCGGAGCCACUGGAAUUAGACAAGCCAAUCAGCACUAACCCGGUCCAUGCCGUUGAUGUGGUGCUACGACAUUUGCCUUCCAUGAAAUAUACGCCAGUGGGACGUUCCUUUUUCUCAGCUCCAGAAGGAUAUGACCACCCUCUGGGUGGGGGCAGGGAAGUAUGGUUUGGAUUCCAUCAGUCUGUUCGGCCUGCCAUGUGGAAAAUGAUGCUAAAUAUUGAUGUUUCUGCCACUGCCUUCUACAAAGCACAACCUGUAAUUCAGUUCAUGUGUGAAGUUCUUGACAUUCAUAACAUUGAUGAGCAACCCAGACCUCUGACUGAUUCUCAUCGGGUAAAAUUCACUAAGGAGAUAAAAGGUCUGAAGGUUGAAGUGACUCAUUGUGGAACAAUGAGACGGAAAUACCGUGUUUGUAAUGUAACAAGAAGGCCUGCCAGCCAUCAAACCUUUCCUUUACAGUUAGAAAAUGGCCAGACUGUGGAGAGAACUGUAGCCCAGUAUUUCAGAGAAAAGUACGCUCUUCAGCUGAAGUACCCUCACCUUCCCUGUCUGCAAGUGGGGCAGGAGCAGAAGCAUACGUACCUGCCGCUAGAAGUCUGCAAUAUUGUGGCUGGGCAACGGUGUAUCAAGAAACUAACAGACAAUCAGACUUCUACCAUGAUUAAGGCAACAGCAAGAUCUGCACCAGAUAGACAAGAGGAAAUUAGCAGAUUGGUAAGAAGUGCAAACUAUGAAACAGAUCCAUUCGUUCAGGAGUUUCAAUUUAAAGUGCGGGAUGAAAUGGCUCAUGUAACCGGACGUGUCCUUCCAGCACCUAUGCUCCAGUAUGGAGGACGGAACCGGACAGUGGCAACACCGAGCCACGGUGUGUGGGACAUGCGAGGAAAACAAUUCCACACAGGAGUUGAAAUCAAAAUGUGGGCCAUAGCCUGUUUUGCCACACAGAGGCAGUGCAGAGAGGAAAUACUGAAAGGUUUCACGGACCAGCUUCGAAAGAUUUCCAAGGAUGCAGGGAUGCCUAUCCAAGGCCAGCCAUGCUUCUGCAAAUAUGCACAGGGAGCAGACAGUGUGGAGCCCAUGUUCCGACAUCUUAAGAAUACAUAUUCAGGACUGCAGCUCAUUAUCGUCAUCCUGCCAGGAAAGACACCUGUGUAUGCGGAGGUGAAGCGUGUAGGAGAUACACUUUUGGGUAUGGCCACACAGUGUGUGCAAGUCAAGAAUGUAAUAAAAACAUCUCCUCAAACUCUAUCAAAUUUGUGCCUAAAGAUCAAUGUUAAACUUGGAGGAAUCAAUAAUAUUCUUGUACCUCAUCAAAGACCUUCUGUGUUCCAGCAACCAGUGAUCUUCCUGGGCGCAGAUGUCACUCACCCACCUGCUGGUGAUGGGAAGAAGCCCUCCAUUGCUGCUGUUGUAGGUAGUAUGGAUGCCCAUCCAAGCAGAUACUGUGCCACAGUAAGAGUUCAGAGACCCCGGCAGGAAAUCAUCCAGGACUUGGCCUCCAUGGUCCGGGAACUGCUCAUCCAAUUUUAUAAGUCAACCCGAUUCAAACCUACUCGCAUUAUCUUUUAUCGGGAUGGUGUUUCAGAAGGACAAUUUAGACAGGUAUUAUACUACGAGCUACUGGCAAUUCGAGAAGCCUGUAUCAGUUUGGAAAAAGACUAUCAACCUGGAAUAACCUACAUUGUAGUUCAGAAGAGACAUCAUACACGAUUGUUUUGUGCUGACAGAACAGAAAGGGUUGGGAGAAGUGGCAACAUCCCAGCUGGUACCACAGUUGACACCGACAUUACUCACCCGUAUGAGUUUGACUUCUAUCUCUGUAGCCAUGCUGGAAUACAGGGAACCAGCCGUCCUUCACACUAUCACGUCUUGUGGGAUGACAACUGUUUCACUGCAGAUGAACUUCAGCUGCUGACUUACCAGCUCUGUCACACCUACGUGAGGUGCACACGCUCUGUCUCCAUUCCUGCCCCUGCAUAUUAUGCCCACCUGGUGGCAUUCAGAGCCAGAUAUCACCUUGUGGACAAGGAACAUGACAGUGCUGAAGGCAGCCACGUUUCAGGACAGAGCAAUGGGCGAGAUCCACAGGCUCUUGCAAAGGCUGUACAAAUCCACCAAGAUACCUUACGCACAAUGUACUUCGCUUAACAAGUCCACAUGCAUUCUUUGGGAGGAAGAGCUGAAAGGCAGAUCAACAACAGUGUGUGUUUGCAGUGGAGUCAGCUCACUGGGGAUGCUCCGGCCAUCCCGAAGCCAACACUGUAAGGGUUGGUCCUGUUGAUCCAUGGAAAAUUGUUUACUUUGUCAAGGAACAAAGUACCAUUGUGCACUCGGGAACCAGCCAGCUGCUUUUUUGCAGUCUCCCGUAGGAAGCAUUGCAGUUGUUUAUUUUCACUUCUUACAGUCUAACCCUUUUAAUGCCUUUACCUCAAGUUGCUUGGCAGCACAAAUACCUUUGCAAAAAAGAAAAAGUGAAUGAUGGUUUAAAAACACACACCUACAUGAAUAAUGAUUGUUCAGUUACAUGUGCAGAAAACAAUGUGCACUCCUCUGUUUUUAUAAAGGGGUGUGUAUUUAAAUACACACAGGUAUACUUCACGUGCAUAUAUGUCUCCAUCUAGACUAACGAUAUGCAUGUGUCUGUGUGUAUAUUUUAUAGUUCAUUCCACUGGGGAACUUUCUUUUCCUGGCAUCCCUCUUUGUGCCACCGUCAUUUCCCCCCUACUUGCAUUCAGCGUCUACACUUCUGUCCCUAGUGCUACAAUCGACAGUCAUGCGUUCAUAUAUAUGAUUCAUUUGAAGUAAAGCAUGGCAAACUAGGUUUCUGUUUUUAUUUUAUGUACCCUACUCCUAGCUCCUAUCUCAUACACAUAGUUCUGGGUCCUUGCUCCUAAGGCCAUGUUUGCGAGUGUCUGCUCCUUCUUGCUCUGGAUUUCCCUUUGCCAUGUGUGCUCUGUCUAUAGAAACAGUGGCAACCCAAGUAUUCCUCUCUGUAGUGCGUGUGCUAAAGCUGCUAUAAGUACAAAACCUUGUCAGAAGUCCUUCAGAUCAGUGACAAAUAUUCUGAAGCCUCUGUAUGAGUUAUACCUGAAAAUCCCUUAAAGCUUUUAUAAAGGGUAAAUAUUUUUAAAAAUCUGAAACUCUAUAAGUAGGGAAAGAAAAGGAAUUAGGGGUUCUUGGUGUUUGCUAGUUUACUGACUACCCUCAUACCUUAAUGUGAAACAUAU